AUGCAGAACAGCAGGGAGACCCUGUCACUUUACAUGACAAUUAAAGCCGAUGUAGCCGCAUCCAAAACGGCCCGUGAGAAGCACCGCAACGUGACGUGCGAGGAGGUGGCAGGCGCCCUCGCCGCGGACAAGAUCCGGCUGCCCCAGCACGUCUACCGAUCCGGCCAGCAACCCAAAUCAGCCCCAGUCUCGGCUCGCGGCACGAAAACCCUCGCCUGGUUCCUGGCCGACACGACGAUCGACAAGAAGAUGAACCUGUCUGCUUCAUCCUCGCCCAUCAACAAACAUCCGCCCCAGCAGCUCGACAAAAUGCUGGCCGGCCAGAAGGAGAGCGCCGAGCGCCGGAAGCGACGAGUCAAAAAGGCCAAGACCCGCCACGACAGCCACACCACGCCGUCGGAGGGAUCAGCCCCCAGCGACGCGCUCGGAGAUGAGAAGCAAAAGAUCGUCACCGACUUCAAGGAGGAUUAUUGGUACUAUGAUGUGACGUCGGAUGGAUAUUAUUACGAGCAGAAUGGGGCUAAGGGAUGGAGGCGGCGACAGCCGAAUACUGACCCGAAGAAGUACUUCGAGCAGGUGACCAACGUCGACAAGCUGCCCACCACCACCGUACCACCACCAAACGCUGCCAACCAGCUGGGCGUUGAUCCUCGGGCCCUGCAAAUCCUUCAACAAGCCCUCUACGGCCAGCAGCCCGCCUACAAGUACUACGAUCCGAACUCUGACGGGUAUUACUACGAAAUGGCGUCUGUUGAUGGCUGGCGUAAGCGCCAACCCACCCGUCCGGCUUCCCAACAAGCCCCUCGCCUUCCAACAGCCACCCCACAGCAACAAGCAUCUUUCCAAUCAUACGGUGCUGCUUUGGCUCGGGGCCAGAUGCCGCGCGCUUGGAUGUUCUCCGAAUCGUCCGCCUCAUCGUCCUCAUCCGAUGAGACGGCCGUACAUGACGCCCUUCUUGCCCAGAUGGACGAACUGUCGGUUGACACAACCCUCGCCAGACCGAAUAAGCUCGCCGGUCCGGAGCUGCUCAGCAGCUUCAACGUUGACCGUUUCUUGGAGAAUUCGGUGUUCCCGGAGCAGAAGGCCUUCGACAUGUGGUCGUCUCGCAGCCCGCUCUCGCCUCUCAAAACCGCGAAUUCGGUUCUCGAGACGCCUCGUGCUCCCUUCGAGGCCCCACGUCUCCCCAUGAAGGCCCAGGAGCCAACGUGGAGCGGCUGGGGAAUCUCGGCCCAGGAGCCCCGUGCCAAGCAUCUGCCUGAGCUCCAGAAGAUCUGGCAGGCCCCUACUCCGACCGCC